CCCACAGAUCCUCCAUAUAACGCUCCACCCAAAUGACUCUCCAUAACUGCUCUCCCAGGCUCAUCUCAGGCCCCUCCUACGCCUCCACCGGAUCCUGCACCAUCCUCAAGUCAUGCCAAAAGCCACCCUGUCCCCUCACAUGCCAUGACUGAGCUUAUGCACAUGCUCCUUCUCUCCCAAGCCAUACGGUCAUCGUCCAAUGCCUGGCUCCAUUUCGAAUCUCCCUGGGAGGACUUUCUCAGGCCUGGAGAAGCUUCCUCAGAGCCUGCCCUGCACUCUGCUCUCGCUGCCUUUGUGCUCUGUGUUUACAUCAAUAUUUUGCCUUCUGCUGCACACAGAGCUGUGGAAGGAGAGGUGGCAUCUUGGUUCUCUUUGGCUGAGACUCGGUCGCUCGUGAGAAAUAUGAGUGAGCAAGUAAGAUCAACAUCUCAAUCUGGAGAGAGAGGAGAUGAAGAACAAGAUUCUUCUCAGCCAGUUGAGCCUAUGGUUUCCCAGCAGCCCAAUGAGGAACAACCUCAGCAAGAGGAGCCACCGACUGAAACUCAGGAUACUGCACCUGGUCAGGAGAGGGAAGAUGGAGCAGCACCUGAGGUUCAAGAUGAAGAGCCUGACAUAGAAGCUGAUCUCCUGGAAUUCUCUGAGGCAAAGACAGGAGGUAAACGCGGAGAUGGCCCUGAUGUCAAGGGGGAGAUUCUGUCAAAUCUAGAACCCGUUCAAGUGCCCAAAGCAGGUGAAGGGCAACCACAGGUUUAAACAAAGACAAGGUGAAACAAUGCAAGCUGUUCUUAUAUUGGAUGUGUGACUUAAAAUUAUCUCAAUAAAAUUUUACAAUUUUCUCCAAA